UGUGAUCAUUAUACUCCCAACCCUCUCCCCACUCUUUUUGCACAAUGGAAAGUGGACUACCUUUGCUUCAUUCUCUCUUGCAACAUACUCUAAGAAACUUAUGCUCAUUUCCUACCUCUUCAACUUCUUCCAAAUGGGUCUAUGCUGUUUUCUGGAGGGUAGUGCCACGUAUCUUUCCUCCACCAAGGUGGGAAUUUGGAGGGACUUCUCUUGAUCGUUCCAAGGGAAAUAAAAGAAAUUGGAUUAUUGUAUGGGAAGAUGGAUUCUGUGAUUUUAAUGAAUGUGAGCAAAGGAAGAGUGGAUGCUUGAAUGAAAGAUUUGGAGCUGAUGUAUUCUUCAAAAUGUCUCAUGAGGUUUAUAGUUAUGGAGAAGGAUUAGUGGGGAAAGUUGCAGCAGAUAAUGGUCACAAAUGGGUUUAUAGUGACACUCAAAAUGGGUGUGAAGCUAACUAUGUUGGUCCAUGGAAUGCUUCAAUUGAUCAUCAACCAAGGGCAUGGGAGUUUCAGUUAAAUUCAGGCAUUCAGACUAUUGCUGUCAUUGCUGUCAAAGAAGGCUUAGUACAACUUGGUUCAUUUGACAAGAUUGCAGAAGAUCUUGAUUUAGUACUCAACAUACAAAGGAAAUUCAGCUACCUCCAAACCAUACCAGGAUUGCUUUCAUUUCAAAGACCACAACACAUACCAUUUCAACAUCCAUGCAUUACCAAACCAAAUUUCCAAAUGAUGGAAAGCAAUGAAAUUUCUAAGAACCAAGUAACCAAACUUAAUAAUAUGCAAGAUGAAAGAUCCAACUAUUUCUCCAUGAUAGCCAUAAACUUAGGUAGAAAUCAUCCACAAAAUGGAACAUCAAUGCCACCACUUUGGUCACCUCCACUUUCUUUGCCUAACAAUCACAUUCAACUUCAUGAAACAAAUAGGAUCAAUAACACAAGCCACAAAGUGAAGAUUGAAGAGGGUACAUUUCAUAUUGCUAAUUAUGGAGAUCAAAAAGGAAAGGCAGGGUGGUCCUAAUUCCUAAACAAAUAACAUUAGUUGUAGUAAUUUGCAUAAUCACCCUUAAUUUUAGUACUUUGCAUGUAAUAAUUAUUUAUAUAAUUAUGAGAGAGAUGGUUGUAUUUUGUACCACUGGGAUUAGGCCACAACAAUGAUAUGGGUGACACAUUUUAUGUGUGGCAAAUAUUCAAUCAAUCAUAGUUAUGUACUAUUUCUUCUUCCUUUUGUGCAUUAAUGCUAAAUAUAAAUGCAAUGCUGAUAA